ACGGCUGCCAUUCAUUCUGGGACUACAUUUCCCAGAAGCCUUUGCGGUUUCCUUCAGUCGUCGCGCCCCAUGUGUUUUCAAAGCACAGUGGAGUUCCCAGAGUCGGAGCACACAGCCGAGGAGCCAGUCGGAGAGACUUCAGCGGGGACUCGGGCGGCACCAUGUGGGCUCGGUUGACGGUCGGGGUCGGGGUCGGGGGAGCGGGACUCGGGCUGCGGACUUCCCGGGACGGCGUGCUGCGGGCGGCUGGAGCUGGAUGUGCGGGGAGGCUGCAGCAGAGGCAGGCGGCGUCCAGCGCGGAGGCGCCCCUUCAGAAGACCCCUCUAUUCGAUUUCCACAAGCAGCAUGGGGGGAAGAUGGUAGGGUUUGCGGGCUGGAGCAUGCCCGUCCAGUAUAAAGACAGUCACAUCGUCUCGCACAUGCACACCAGAGAACACUGCUCCAUCUUCGACGUCAGCCACAUGUUGCAGACCAAAGUCCACGGCAGAGACAGGGUGAAGUUCAUGGAGUCCCUGGUGGUUGCAGAUAUUGCAGAACUGAAGGACAACCAGGGCACAUUGUCCCUCUUCACCAAUGAGAAAGGAGGGAUUAUUGACGACCUGAUUGUGACAAAGACAGACCAGGGUUACCUCUACGUGGUUUCCAACGCCGGCUGUGCAGAGAAAGACUCGUUUCUAAUGAAGGCCAGACUGUCUGAGUGCAAAGCUGCAGGUCUUGAUGUGGAUCUGGAGUUUCUAGAAGAGGCACUGAUUGCUGUACAAGGUCCGGCCAUGUCCCGCGUGCUCCAGAAGGGAAUGAAAGAGGACCUCAGCAAGCUGACCUUCAUGACCUCGACCUUGUCCACUGUGUUUGGAGUUCAGAACUGCAGGAUCACUCGCUGUGGAUACACCGGAGAGGACGGGGUGGAGAUUUCAGUCCCUCGGUCCAGAGUGGUGGAGCUGACCGAGAAACUGCUGAAAGACAGCGAGGUAAAGCUGGCCGGUCUGGGAGCCAGGGACAGUCUGCGGCUUGAGGCGGGGCUUUGUCUCUAUGGCAACGACAUAGACGAGACCACCACGCCCGUGGAGGCCACGCUUGUCUGGACCAUAGGAAAGCGCAGACGUCAGACCAAAGACUUCCCAGGAGCUGAUAUUAUUGUACCUCAAAUCAAAGCCAAGACAGCCAGGAAGAGGAUCGGCCUGGUGUCCACCGGCCCCCCAGUCAGGCAACACACACCCAUUCUCAGUCCUGACGGAAAGGUCAUAGGUGAGGUGACCAGCGGCUGCCCGUCUCCUUGCCUGAAAAAGAACGUCGCCAUGGGCUAUGUGGACGCAGCGUUCGCCAAGAAUGGGACCGCCAUCCAGGUCGAGGUCAGGAAAAAAGCGGUCCCAGCCGUCGUCACCAAGAUGCCUUUCGUGCCCACCAACUACUAUUCUGGAUAACACACACACACACACACACACACUCAAAGUAGAACAUUCCUGAACUGUCAGCCAUUUUGACCAAUGGAACCCCGUCGUGUUUACCUCCCGUAGUGCAACACUGAUGUCAGGAAUUAUUCUGCUGUGGUUCAAGAACUAAAAAGAAUCAAUUAGAGUAUUAUUCAAUGUGAGGAUGUGUGAAUGCUGGCAGUGGGAGUCCAGGGCUAAUUUAUGGUUUUAGUUUUAAUGGUUACAUUUAAUUAUUCUGACCUAGUUUAAUAUAAAGCCAAACUAAGCUUGUUUUAACCAUUACAAAAAAGCCUAUUUUUUAUCUUUUAUACAAAGAUAGCAGGUUUGUGAAACUGAAAUUUCAUUUCUAAACUGUGGACCAGAAUGAAAACAUUACAUAUAUACAUACAUAUCUUUUGUUUUGUGGUGUUUCUUUUUGCAAUCGGACCAAACUUCUACCCACAACAGCUUUAAUGAAAGGAUCAGCUUGUUAUCCCAAUUGAAAAUGUUCCAAGACUAACAAACCUGUUACUUCAGUUACAGACGUCAGCAUUUUCAUGUUUACUGGAUGUUUUAUCUUUUGGUUUUCUUUUGGUUUCUUCUUCUUUUGGGUUGUUCUUCAACAAAAAAAGUCUACAACCUGGUGCAAUAAUGCAGUAAAGUGUUUCAUUGUUUACUUCAAAUGGUACAACUUGGAAAAAUGUCCAAGGAAAAAGCAUUACUAAUUAAAAGUUUUAUCUUUAAAUAGGAUAUUGUCCUUUUAUUUCUUAUUUUGUAAUUUUUAUAAGAAUAACACUACUGAUUUUGUAACAAUGCACUGUUUGAAGAAGGUCUCCUACUUUUGUGACUGUGGCC